AUGGGACUCACUCGCCGCUCUCAUUUUACAGCCCACGCCAGCAAUGUCAAGUGCUUGCGCUUCGGUCACAAGGACCAAGUCAUCGCAACGGGCGGUAGCGACCAUCUGGUCAACCUCUGGAAAAUGCGGGAGAACGAUACCGAGAAGAUCAUGAGUCUGUCGGGACAUCAAAGUGCCGUCGAAAGCAUCGUGUUCGACCCGAUGGAUUGCCAGGUGGUGGCUGGGUCGCAGUCUGGAGCUGUGAAGGUGUUCGAUCUCGAAGCUGGCAAAGCGAGUCGGGCGCUGAAAGGACACACGGCUGCGACGACUACUGUGGACUACCAUCUCUACGGAGGCUAUGUGGCCUCUGGCUCGCUCGAUACGAUUGUCAAGGUGUGGGAUCUGCACAUGGCGAGCUGCAUGCAGACAUUCCAGGGCCAUUCGUCGAAAAUUACGGUAGUGAGCUUCACGCCGGAUGGACGCUGGCUUACUUCGGGUGACCAGGACGGUGUUAUCAAGAUCUGGGAUCUUACGGCUGGGCGGCUCCUUCAUAAAUGUACUGACCACGGUGCCGCUGUCACGAACUUUUCGUUUAAUCCAGAAGAGUUCAUUCUGGCUUCUUCUGCAGCAGACCGCACUAUUCGAUACUGGGACGUCCAAAACUUUGCAGCGAUAGGCGUUACUCCGGUGGACACGGCAACGACUACAUCGAUGUGCCACACAGUUACCGAACCACAUUGUGGUAAGUAUCUUUUCAGCUGUUCGCACGAGGCGAUUCGAGUAUGGUCAUACGAAUCCGGGAUCGAGUGUCACGACAGCAUCGCGAUGCCAAGUCAAGAAGAGCGAGACUGUGGUGAGGUCCACGCCGACACGAAGCUAACGAACGACAUGAAGCUCAUAACUGGAUGUAUUGAGGACGCUUUUGUUUCUAUAUGGGAGCUAGACGUGAUGCAAAUGCGGCCAUUUCUCCGUACAACCAACAACGCCAACGAUGAAGGAGCCCCCGCAACCAAAAGCAGCUGCAGCAGACCUCCGUUGCCUCCGUCAGGCCCAGUAGCUGCAGAAAAAACCACCACUCGGCUCAAGGUUGUAGCAAAAGCAGCUGACACGCUGGACGCAGCAACACGUGCUUCUCGGGCGGGUAGUACGAAAGCUCCCGAUUUUGUGACACGCGCAAAAACGGUUGUACUUCGGGACCAGAUGCCUCGGGAUUCCACUCGUCAGGUGUCCACCCAUCAGGCGACUUCCGAAGUCUUUGUCCCUCAUCCAGUUGUACCUACCCGUCUGACAUGUCGUGGUGAAGACUCUGCUAAAUCAGCUGACGUCUCUAGCCCAGAUAGGACUAGGACGAGCACUGCAAGCUGCAUGUCACCGCAACGGCUGUCAGACGGACAUACAGAGACGCUUGAUACCGAUUCAGAGAUGCGUGAGACCAAUUCACUUUUAUUUACAUCACUGCAGCGAGACGGAGAACUGGCAGUGUCCGACUUUGUGAUGGAGCUCCGUAGUGGAAUGGACACAUGUGUAAAAGCGUUCAAGGCUCGACAGAAGUGCGUCCAGCAGCUACUGGUUCACUGGAAAAGGGGACAUUUGAUCAAUGGUCUUCAAUUUAUUGGCGAAUUGCCAAAAGGGAAGCGCGCAGCUGUGGUAGUGGAUAUGCUGCGUAUCAUGGACUUGUCAUCCGCCGGCGUUGAUCUGGAAGCGUGUACGUUGCUGCUUCCGCUCAUUCUAGAGCUUUUGGACAGCAAAUUUGAAUUAUAUCUGAGUGUUGGCGUCGUCUCUGGGCAAAAGCUGCUCAACGUAUUUGCUGCCAUUGUGAGGAAGGAUAGUCGAGACGGGCGCUUGCGAGCAGUUGGUCUUGUGGGUGAUGAACGCGAUCGAGCCAGGCAAUGCGACACUUGCUUUCACGAAAUGCAUCAACGUGUUCGGCGCGUAGCUGAGAACAGCAAUGAUGGAGCAUUACGAAGCAAGCUCCAUCCACUUGCACAAGCACUCGAUGAUUUCUACAGACAAUGA